AUGCAUGCUUGAUUACGAUUUGCGAGCCUAUAAAAAAGCUUCAAAAAAAACUCGAAAUUACUCGCCAUUUCCCCCUCGCUCUCAAUUUUAUAUUCUUGCUCGAUCUUAGUUUAGGGGGUUCUGCUAGGGCUUUUUACAUUCCAGUUUUCUUCAAAUCCAUCACAUUCUCCUGCUAAUCACACUCAAAUUCAUCGAUUUCACCUUCCCAAUCGCUUCAAAACCCUAGAAUUUCCUUCAAGAUUGUCGAAACUCUUUGAUUUAAUCGUCAAAGAUGCUCCAAAAAGGUUCCAAAUUCUCGAGAUGAAUUCGAAUUUAAGAUUGUAAAUGUUGAUAUGAAUGAGUUGCUGUUGAAAUGAGCGAUGGAGGUAAAGAAAUUGGAAAAGAAUUUGAGCAGCAGAGCACAAGAAAACCAGCAGGAAACGAAGAUUUUGUGCGAACGAUUGCGAAGAUUGCGGUUGCUCAGCUUUGCGAGAAUGAAGGGUUUCAUGGGUUUCAGCACUCGGCGCUCGAAGCGUUCGCCGAUGUUGCGGUGCGUUACAUGAAGGAGCUUGGUAAGACUUCGAAUCAUUAUGCUAAUCAAGGUGGUAGGUCUGAAUGUAAUGUAUUUGAUGUGAUUCGAGGGUUAGAGGAUUUGGGUUCGAUUCAGGGGUUUCCGGGUGCUUCAGAUGUUCAUCGUUCGCUUGCGAAAUCGGGUAUAGUUCGAGAGAUUAGUCAGUAUGUAGGAUUAGUUGACGGAAUUCCAUUUGUGUUUUCACUACCUAGGUUUCCAGUUUCAAGGGAGAGGAGGAAUUCUCCUUCUAGUUUUUUGCAGAUGGGGAAGGAUCCUCCUGAGCAUAUUCCGCCGUGGUUGCCUGCGUUUCCGUUUUCGGGACCACGAGGAGAGUCACCGGGGUUGGGAGAGGGAGAGACUGAUGGACAUAGCAAAGAGAUUGCGCAGGAAGAAGCGCGUAAGAAGGAAGAAGCUGAAUUGAUGAAUAUACAGCAGCAGCAGCAGCAAGAACAGGAAAAGCAGCAGCAGCAAGAAAAGGAAAAUCAGCAGCAGCAAGAACAGGAAAAGCAGCAGCAGCUGCAGCAGGAACAGCAGCAGCUGCAGCAGGAACAGCAGCAGCAGCAGCAGCAGCAGCAGCAAUUGGCUGCUAAUAAUGGCUCUGAAGCCGUUUUAACGAACCCGUAUUUGAUUCCUCCUUUUGCUUAUGGGGAGAAGGCAGUAUCUUCAGUUGAAUUCCCUUCAAGGCAUUGGGACGGAAUUCAUCAUGUAAAUGUGAUGGAUACAUAUGCCCCAAUUGCUGAAACCGCACGAAAUGAGUUUUCUGAGAUUAAGGAGAUGGAUAAACAAGUCAGUUUGGAUGAGAGACCAACUGUGCGGCUUAAGUUCAGUAGUGGAAGGAAGUCUUUGCGUACGAGUAAGAAUGUAGUUGCUCAAACUAAAGGUUGUGAGAAGAUUUCUGUUUUAUUUGAGCGGGAUGAUGAGAAUGACGAAAAGAAAAGAAGGGCUGAGCAAAUUUUGAAGGAUUCAAUGGAGACACCGUUGGAUACGACUGAGUUGUAAAUUAGGUUUGUUCGCUCGUCAGACAUUGUUUACUUUUUCUUAGGAAACUAGCAGCUAGAGCUGGUCUCAAAGAGAUAUUCUUGUUUGCUGAUGAUAGUUGGACUCUUAGGGAUGGCUUUUCCACAAGUUGUGGAGGUAUGUAUGUGUUAGCUGUUCUUGUAAUCUGUUGUCCGUCUUUGAUUCUUUUCUGAUUGAAAUUCAUGUUCUUUUAUGACAAGUACUUGGAAAAUA